GCAGAAAGACGAGACGAAAGCGGCGUAGAAGUCUGUCGCCACGCCCUAUCGACAUCAUGGAUUUUGGGGCGCAAGCGUUGGGCGCUGGUGGUCACGCUGGUGCUGGCGUUGAUCUGAUGUCAUGGUAUAUGGAAAUCCCUCCUGUUUCCCGUCUCUAUUUGACGGGCGCCUUUCUAACCAGCGCAGCUUGUGCUAUCGAAAUCAUCAGUCCAUUCUCCCUUUACUUCAAUUACGAUUUGGUGGUUCAGGGACAAAUUUGGCGUGUCAUCACAUCCUACCUCUUCUUUGGUGUUUUUUCUGUAGAUUUCCUCUUUCACAUGUACUUUUUAGUACGAUACAGUCGGCUAUUGGAAGACGGAGAUUUCCGCGGACGUACGGCGAAUUAUGUUAUGUUCUUACUUUUUGGAAUUUUCCAAAUUUCCAUCGUAGCCUCUUACAUGAAUGUGGAGUUCUUGGGAAGUGCCUUGACUUUCAUGAUGGCGUACGUUUGGGGACGCCGCAACGAAGACGUGAAAAUGAGUUUUCUUGGAUUCUUGACCUUUCACGCUCCGUAUCUGCCUUGGGUGAUGCUAACCUUUAGUGUUCUUAUCGGAAAUUCUCCCUUAAUGGACAUCAUCGGUAUCUGUGUCGGUCAUUCUUAUUAUUUUCUGGAAUUUGUUUACCCGGUCAUUGCCGAUAUUCGCGGCUGGCAAGUGAAAAGGAUACUAGAACCGCCUGCUAUUCUGCGCUGGCUUUGCGGAAAUCCAGGCGAUGCUGAACGAGCUCACUGGCGAUGA